AUGCAGGAACCCUCCACAGCAGCAUGGGCUUGCUGCCCUCAGCUCCCUCUGCAGAAGCUCCUCUUCUCAGCCACUCUGACUCAGAACCCAGAGAAGCUGCAGCAGUUAGGCCUCCAUCAGCCUCACCUCUUCAUGCCAGCUUGGUCCAGGAAAGGGGCUGAUGCGCUCAGGUCUCAGCCAUGCAUCAGGGAAAAACACAUUCUCCCUGAGGGGCUCUUGCAAUAUUAUGUCCCGUGCAGCCUGAACUGGAAACCAUGGUUCCUCCUGCAUUUCCUGGUGAGACUGAAAUUCUCCCAAGUGUUGUGCUUCACUAAUAGCAAAGAAACCACACACAGACUCUUCCUGCUAAUUUGUGCCUUUGGUGGAGUGAAUGUAGCUGAGUUUUUUUCAGAGGCGAGCCCAAGCAAAAGAAAGUUGACACUGAAGGAGUUUGAACAAGGCAAGAUCCCACUUUUGAUCAGCACAGAUGCCACAGCUCAAGGAAUUGAUUUUGAUGGUGUGAAAUGUGUUGUUAGCUAUGAUGCCCCUCAGUUCAUCAGAACCUAUGUUCAGUGGGUAGGCAGAACAGCUCAUGUGGGAAAGGCGGGCCUGGCUUUCACCAUGCUACUGAAGCAGCAGGAGUAUAAGUUCCUAAAGAUGCUGAAGGAUGCGGGUGCCCCAGAACUGCAGCCACAGCUGGUCAACAGCAUGUCCAUCCAGCCUCUCCUCCAGCAGUACAAAGAAGCCCUGGCUGAACUCGCCCACGCAGUCAAGGAGGAACAGGUUGGAAAGCGAUUAUAAUGCAGAUGGGAGAAAUGUCAGUGGUACUGAGAAACUGCAGGACUGGAACUCAACUCCUCACUCUCAAGCACACAAUGCUCAGAAGCGGAUAUAAAUAAGGAAGAGCAGCUUGAAGUACCAAAGAAUGAAUGGAGGGUCGCAGCCUACAAAUUAAAUUA